AUGAUGAAGCUCCUGCAACUCAAAGCAGGUUCUGCAACUCAAGCAGGUUCUGCAACUCCAAGUGAUUCUGCUAAUCCGGUUAGUUCUGCUAAACGUAGUUUUGUUUGGGAACAUUUUAAGGAGUAUGACAAGAUUGAGAAGGGUAAAGAUGCUAAAGGGAAUGAGAUAGACAUUGUUAAAAAAAGAGCUCACUGUAUUUACUGUCCUAGAGGGAAAAUUGGAGACUUUGCAAUGGAUAGUUCUAAGAAUGGGACUUCGGGGAUGAUUAGGCAUAUUAAUCAAUUUUGUAGGCACUAUCCACCUAAUAUUAGCAAGACUCAGAGGGUUCUUGUAGGUGAUAAGUCUCAGGGAAACAAGCUAACUGCAGUAGCUUACGAUCAAGAUGACUAUCUAGAAGCUUGUGUAGAAAUGAUUGUCAUAGAUGAGUUGCCCUUUACCUUUGUUGAGAAGAAAGGUUUUAAUCGGUUUUGUACUAAAGUGUUCCCUCUGUUUAAAGUACCCUCUCGUAGGAAACUAGUUACAAACUUUCUAAGAAUGUAUGAUGCACAGAAAAAAGAAUUAAUCAAGAUUUUGAAGGCUUAUAGGGUGUGUCUCACAACGGACACUUGGACUAGUGUGCAAAACAUCAACUAUAUGGUGCUUACUGCCCAUUGCGUUGAUGUUGAUUGGAAAAUGCACAAGAGGGUUAUAAACUUUUGUGUUAUCCAAAAUCAUCAAGGGGCAACUAUAGGCAGGCUUAUAGAGUCAUGUUUACUGCAGUGGGAGAUUGAGAGAGUUUUAACCAUCACUGUCGAUAAUGCAUCUGCCAAUAAGUCAGCUUUAGAGUGGCUUAUAUCAAAGAUGAACAAAUCUGAAGGUUACAAACCAGUUUUAGGUGGUAAAUACAUGCAUAGGCUGCAAAAGAGUGUUUUAGCCAUUAGGAAUGUUGUCAAGUAUGUUAGGUCUUCACCUAAUCGACUAGAUAGUUUUCGAAAAGCUGUGGAAAGGGUAAAGCUUCCUCUUAAAGGGCUGGUUUGUCUUGAUGUCCCAACAAGAUGGAAUUCAACUUAUCUAAUGUUGGAGACAGCCUUAAAAUUCAAGAAAGCUUUUGUUAGGAUGGAGGAAGAUGAGGGUCAGCUGUAUCUAGGUUAUUUUAAGGAACCAGAAGAGGAGUAUGAUGAGGAGGGCAAUCUGAUUCCUAGUACUAACAAGAGAAACAGAGUUGGACCACCUGCAAAAUCAGAUUGGGAAAAAGCUGAGAUUUUUGUUGAUCUACUUAGAGUUUUUUACGACGUGACGCUGCGAGUUAGUGCAAGCUUGCAUCCAACUGUGCAUACGACAUUUCAUGAUGUCAUAAUAAUGGAGAAAAACAUCAACAGCCUAUUCCUUGAACCUGAGAUAGCAACUGGUUCCGAUACAGCAAAUAUGAAAUCUAGGUUUUUGAAAUACUAUGGCAGCUUUCAAGACCUCAACCACUUGGUUAUUAUUGAACUUGUACUCGAUGCAAGGUUCAAGCUUAGGAAUUACACACAUUCCUUGAAGGAAGAGGGUUUGGAUGACUUUGAUGUGCAACACGAAACCGAUGAGAUUAAAUCUCUAGAUGGCACUCUACGAUGA